UUGCCAUCCCAUUGCCCAGCAGACAUAUCGCAAUGAUGGCGUUGAGAGAGCUGUCAUCGCUGGAAAAAUCUUUAGGAUUGAAAAAGCCUAACAAAUACAGUACUCAGGGAGACAAGAAGGUACCCGUGCUCCACAGUAAUAAUGGCCCAGCUCUGGUCGGCUUGGUGACCAUCGCCACUCACCUGGUCCAAGAGGCCAAACGGCCGGAGUUACUGGGUGGGUCAGCAGAACACAAGGCUGUAGUGCACCAGUGGCUGGAGUACAGGCUCACCAAAGUGGAUGGAUGCCACAAAGACAAUAUCAAGACCAUACUGAAGGACCUCAACAGCUAUCUAGAAGACAAGGUUUACCUGGCAGGAAAUGAGUUCACACUCGCCGACACACUCAUGUACUACGGAAUCCAUCACAUCAUCGUGGACCUGGCCGUCCAGGAGAAGGAGAAGCACAUGAAUGUGACGCGGUGGUUUGACCACGUGCAGCACCACACCGGUGUCCGGCACCACCUACCCCCAGUGUUGGUCCUGAGGAACAGAGUGUACACCAGCGGCCACCACUGAGGUCUUAGGCUGGCUGCCAGGAUGGCCGAGGGCCGGCGUGAGGAGUACACAGGCGUGUGCUGACGUCUCAACCUACCUAACACCACUGUGGCCCCCUCCCUCCUUUGCCUUGGAGACAUGUGGUUAUUUUUCCCUCUAAAACCCCAGGCGAAUAACACAUGCAAUGGAGAAAUGAUCACAAAGAGAUGGAUGGUUUGUUUUUGUGUGAGUUGGUUGUUGGGAGUCUGUGUUUUGACUGUAGUCGUCAGGGUCAAUGUGCAGGGAUAGUCUGAAACGGCCUGAGAACAUUCUUACUGAUGCCUCUCUCCUAACCUGAGCCUUGAACGUGAUAAAGUAUUAUUAAAAAUUACAAUUGACUUAUUCCUUUGCUAUGUCCAAUUUAAAGAAAUCCCUGCUAUUGCGUUUUCAAUGUAUUAACAUUUUCCUCAAACAAAACUAAAUAUGUCCAGUCCGCCCAACUGUGUGUUCAGCUAUGUAAUCAUCAUCCUCCACAGUUGUCCAGUCCACUAUCAACUUUCCGCCCUCAUGAAUUUAGUCUUGUUUCUCAAGCUGCUGCCUCUGCUGUUCCACCAGCAGUGUGGGCAGCAGCCUCUAGCUCAGUCACUCGAAUCGGUCCGUGUGUUGACGCUGAGGGGGCAGAGGGCAGACUACCAGCUGCCAUAGAGGCUCCAGUGCGCCUCUGUCCAACGUCAGAGCCCUGGGUGACAGCCACGCAUUGUCAUUUCACCCUCUUACCAGGGGGCGGGAAAUCCUUUUGUGACAACAUCCGAGCGACAAAACACACUCAAACCACUCACACAAGCAGACUGGAUUUAGCCAUUAGCUCUGUCAGCAGUGAAAAUCACAGCUAAUAUACACUACAUGAUCAAAAGUAUGUGGACACCCGCUUGUCGAACGUCUCAUUCCAAAAUCAUAGGCAUUGAUAUGGAGUUGGUUCCCCUUUUGCUGCUAUAACAGCCUCCACUCUUCUGGGAAGGCUUUCCACUAGAUGUUGAAACAUUACUGUGGGGACUUGCUUCCAUUCAGCCACAAGAGCAUUGGUGAGGUCGGGCACUGAUGUUGUGCGAUUAGGCCUGGUUCACAGUUGUUCCAAUUCAUCCCAAAGGUGUUCGAUGGAGUUGAGGUCAGGGUUCUGUGCAGACCAGUCAAGUUCUUCCACAUCGAUCUCGACAAACCAUUUCUUUAUGGACCUCCCUUUGUGCAUGGGGUUAUUGUCAUGCUGAAACACAAAAGGGCCUUUCCCAAACUGUUGCCACAAAGCUAGAAUGUAAUUGUAUGCUGUAGCAUUAAGAUUCCUCUUCACUGGAACUAAGGGGCCCGGACCAUGAAAAACAGCCCCGGACCAUUAUACCUCCUCCACCAAACUUUACAGUUGGCACUAUGCAUUGGGGCAGGUAGCGUUCUCCUGGCAUCCGCCAAACCCAGAUUCAUCCAUCGGUCUCCCAGAUGGUGAAGUGUGAUUCAUCACUUCAGAGAACGCUUUUUCACUGCUCCAGAGUCCAAUGGCGGUGAGCUUUACACCACUCCAGCCGACACUUGGGAUUGCGCAUGGAAACCCAUUUCAUUAAGCUCCAGACGAACAGUUCUAGUGCUGACGUUGCUUCCAGAGUCCGUUUGGAACUCAGUGGUGAGUGUUGUAUCCGAGGACAGACGAUUUGUAUGUGCUUCAGCACUCGGCGGUCUUGUUUUGUGAGCUUGUGUGGCCUGCCACUUUGUGGUUGAGCCGUUGUUGCUGAUACACUUCCACUUCACAAUAACAGCACUUACAGUUCACCGGGGCAGCACUAGCAUGUUGGAAAGGUGUCAUCCUUUGACGGUACCACAUUGAAAGUCUCUGAGCUCUUCAGGAAGGCCAUUCUACUGUCAAUGUUUGUCUAUGGAGAUUGCAUGACUGUGCUCGAUUUUAUACACCUGUCAGCAACGGGUGUGGCCGAAAUAGCCAAAUCCACUCAUUUUAAAGGAUGUCCACAUACUUGUGUGUGUAUAUCUUGGAUUUAAUCACAGAGUUUGCACAACAAAAUAGUCGUUGACUUUCUUAAUUUUGGUAAAGCCUGUGUUUUGUCAUGUAAACCCUGUUAACCCUUCUCCAGGUUUUAUAUGAUCAUCUUCCCUAUAAGCCUUCCUUAUAACAUGUAUACUGCUUUAAUGCUAUGGUUUGUGUUAUUGAAGUCUACAGAAGGUUGUCCUGUGCCAAUAAAAAAAACUAAGGGAAGCAAAGAG